GGUGUAGACGUCAUUUUCUGUGCGCGGCAGGCGCCGCGGUUCGGGCCAAGGUCGCGGGAGCGGAGCGGAGCCGCUCAGUGUCAGAAAUCGGCCCGAAAAGGCCUCUUCCCCUUUAUGUCGUCCCAAGAGUCGGGGCUCAGCCCCGCACGGCAGCCUGGAUGGCUGGACAAAAGCAAAACCGACGAAGAGCUCCGGGCUCACCAGCUCCGUUUGCUCCGGCGCCGCUGGCUCAAGGACCAGGAGCUGAGCCCUCGCGAGCCCGUCGAGCCCCCGCGGAAGCUCGGGCCGGUGGAGAGGUUCUGGGCCGGCUUCCUGGAGCCCGGCUCGUGGUGGAGGCGGCAGGUAUUCAAAACCUACAAUACUGGGGUACGGAUUUUCGUUUAUGUGCUUGUUCCUACUUGGGUUAUUCACUACUACAUAAAAUAUCAUCUAAUGAAAAGGCCACAUGCAGUUCGUUAUCCAUUACCCAAAGUAUAUCCUGGUGAUGUAAUUCAGGAGACAGGUGAAGUUAUUCCCCCACUGGAAAUACCAAGCAGUCAUCAUUAAGACACUCAAGAAUGCUGCAGGCAUUUGUCUUGCUUUUCUAAAAUUUAUUACAUAGUUCCAAAUCCAAUAUAACAAUAAAGUGGCUUCAGUAACACUA